AUGAACGUGAAGAGUUCAGAACCUAUUGCGGCUCUUUUUGUUCCCCGACCGAAUCCUCUGGCAAACAGCCCAGAAUGGCUAGUAAAUUCACGGCUUUUGAUUGUUGAUGAUCAACAAGAAUUUUACAGUGUGGAUGACAAUUCCGUCUGUGGUUUUGACGAGAAGUUGACUACCCCAAUUUCUCACAUUGACAGUUUACCUUGGACUCCUUUCUCAGCCAUCAAAGCACAGAAACAGAUCUCGGCAGCCAAGCAGAUAGUUCCAGUCAUCCAUCAAACUAACGGCAUCAAGGGAUAUAAAUCAGUUCAAUCGCUGUUGGAGACGUCAACUUCCACCUUACCUCCAAUGUCUAGAAUUUGCAAUUCCUUCAUAAUUGACCUCAUGAUUAAGCAUGACCCCAAAUCGAUGACCGUGAAAGCUGACUCCGAGAAUGGUGCAACGAAUGACUUGCCUACGCUCAUGAACGGGCAUAUCGAGUCAAAGAUGCCGGCAUUGAAGGAAGAAGCGACUCAACAAAAAUUAUUGACAUUGGAUUGCCAAUGGAUAACUAAGAACUGAAAUAAUUUGACACAUUUUAAAACUGUCUCUUGGCUUUAUUUGUUUUUGAUAUAUGCAAUCCGCCAAUUA